GUGCAGCUCUACCAGCGCGUCAGCACUGACAUCUUCACCAUCGCCAAGUGCUCCCAGAAGCUGGAGCAAUACCAGGACCAGAUGACAGAGCUGCAGGAGCGUGUGGAGUAUGUGCGAGCUCUGAACGAGGUGAUCCGUCAGCACUUCCGCCCACUCAGCCUGGAUGAGGAGAACCAGGAGAACCUGCUCCUGGACACCUGGGAGGCCUUCGUGUACCAGCAGCAGGAGGCCUCGGACUUCAUUGUCUCACGGCGCCUCAGCAUCAUUGCUGAGCUGGUAGACUCGCUGCAGAGAGCCAGACAGGAGCUGCAGGAGUUGCUGACCACGGCCACCACAGGGCAGUUCCUGGACCCCUCCCAGAGCCCGCGUGCAAUGGAGCAAGAGCUGCGAGAGCUGUACCGCCGCUUCCAGGCCAUGGCCACCCGGGUGGCUGAGCUGUGCCGCUCCCAGAGGAUCCUCACAGAUCCUGGCUACACCACUGCCUGCAAUGUGAACAGCAGCGGGAGUGCUAGGUCAUCCUGUGCUGCCGCCUGGCUGGGGUGUGGGCGAGACUCCUCCCGAGUGAACGUCCUGUCCUUCCUCUUCCCAGGGGAGCAGACAGACGUCUCCUUCGUAGCCAGGAGCCGGGGGCUCAUUGAAGCCCAUGAGCACGUCUGGAGGCUGCUACGCACCAUCUCCGAGCAGAUCACUGAAUGGAGGUGCCUCGCCUUCAGCAAGUUCAACACCCCCCUGGCCACGGAGAAGAUGGCUGAGUGGCAGAGGGAAGCGUCCCACAUGGAAAAGUCCCUGCCUGCCAAUCACCCCAUCCUGCAGGCCUGUGUGCACAUGAUCACUAGUUUCCAGCAGUUUCUGCCCCUGCUUCAGAAGCUGGCCAGCCCACUCAUGAAGAGUAGCUGCUGGAGGGAGUUCUUCACGGCAAUGGGAGUGAAGUGCCCUGUCAACCUGCAGUUCACGCUGGGCCAGCUGCUGUCCUACCCGCUACUGGAGCACAGCGACACCAUCCUCAAGAUCUGGUCAAGUGAGCGAGGCCGUUGCCGCUCCCUGGACAUCCUGCGCCGGCUGCAGAAGGCCUGGGCUGAGAGGCAGUUCCGUUUGGUCAACUUCAUCCUGAGCGUGCCCUACCAGGCCCCACUGCCCGACCGUGCCCGCCGGCCGCCCAGCAGGCGUUACCGCCCACCCAAGCAGGAGUACAUCUCCAAGGACAGCGGCACCUUCGUGCUGGCUGACACAGCAGAACUCAAGGCCCUGACAGAGAAAAGCCUGCUAACCUUGAAGAACAUCAUCCUUUCACCCCACGCCAUGGAGCUCCGGGAGGAGGCAGAGAGCUGGACCAGAGCCCUGCUGGAUGUCUGGGUCAGUUUCCAGCAGAAGUGGAUUUUUCUGAAUAUAGUGCUGUAUGAGAUGGACAUCAGCCUGCCCAGCAGCGAGCUGGAUUGCCUGUUCCAGAAGCUGGACAGCAGGUUCCGGGAGCUCAUGCAGGUGACAUCCAAGCACCCCCUGGUGCUAUCCAGCAUGAUGCCUACGGCCACCGCCAACCGGGAGAGCCGCUUUAUGGGUGUGCCCCUGCAGACCAUGCUGAGCGAGGGUGUUGAGGACCUGCAGCUCAUCAUCCACGGACUGGAGUACGUGCUGGAGGCUACGCGCAUGGGCUUCCCCCGCCUCUUCUUCCUCAGCAACACAGAGGUGGUGGCUAUGAUGGCCUCACCUGCGGAGCCCAUGGAGGUGACCACCUGGGCCCGCCGCUGCUUCCCAACUGUGCACCAGCUGGCCUUCCGUGAGCCCUCGGCCACUCGAGACCCUGCCACCUAUGCUGUCCUGCUGCCCAUGGCAGAGGCCACGGGCCUGGUGGGAGCCUGUGGGGAGAUGGUGCCGUUGUGUUCCCCGUUGCUCCUCAACCAGAAGGUCACUAAAUGGCUGUGCGCCCUGGAGCAGUGCAUGAAGGAGGCCCUCUUCCACCUGCUGCAGGCAUGCAUGGCCCAGCGCCUGGCCCUGCGGCCCCAGCUCGACGUGGCCUUUGAGCACCACCCAGGUCCCACCGAGCUGCCGCUGCACCUGCUGGUGGAGCACUGGGGGCAGCUGGCAACAGGCUUCCCGGCCCAGUGCGUGCUGCUGGCCGAGGAGGCCUUGUGGUUUGCGGAUGUGCAGGAGCGGCUCUUCGGCCCUGUGCGCAGGCCUGGCCUCAAGCUCAAACACCGACUCAAGCUGGAGGCCCUGGCCCACUAUGUCCGGAACUACCGCAGCAGCCAGGCUGGGCAGCCGGGCAGCGGCCAGCUCAGCACGCUGCUGGGGGCCCUGCUCACGGUCACCGUGCGCCAGCGCGACGUGCUGGCCCACCUGCUGCAGCGCAAGGUCGACUCACCCACUGCCUUUGCUUGGGCCCAGCUGCUCAAGUACCGGCUGGUCCUGCACCCCGAGAGUGCCAGGGCAGUCGGGGCCCCCCUUGAGAGCUGGGCCGCCAGCCCCCCCGGCUGCUGGGCCGAGGUCCUCGACAUCCGCCUGCACUAUGGCUAUGAGUAUGUGGGGAACUGCCCCCACCUGGUGGGGGGCCCUCAGCUGGAGAGGAGCUUCCUCGGCUUACUGCUUGCCCUGGAGGAGUUCCGCUGUGGCGCGGCUCUGGGCUGCCACGGGGUCGGGAAGACGGCCACCAUGCAGCACCUGGCCAGGGCUCUGGGGCGCCAGCUCGUCACCCUGCACUGCUCCCAGCAGAUGGGCCUGGGCUGCCUCCGCCAACACCUGAGUGGGGCUGUGCAGGCCGGGGCCUGGCUGCUGCUGGAGGCUGUGGACCAGCUGGGGCCCGGUGUCCUGUCAGGGUUCAGCCAGCUCCUGUCAGACCUGCGGAUGCUUUGCCUGGGCCUGCAGGCGGAGACGGGCCAGGUGAGCCCCAGCCACAAAUCCAAGAGCAGGGACGGGGAAGGGCAGGAGCAGCCGGCAAGGGCCCUGCGAGAGCUGGGCCUGAAUGAAGAUGAGCCGUACCAGCCCCGCGUGCUGGGCAACAUCCUCUUCGGGGAGCGGCUGUUGCGGGUCAGGGAGACCUACGGCUGCCUGGCCACCCUGCAGCGUCUCCCUGAGCUCCUGCGCCUGGCCGUGCGCCCCGUGGCCCUGCUGCCCCCCGACCUGCACCAGGUGGCCGAGGUGACCUUGCUGGCAGCUGGCUUCCGGGAAGCAGCACACCUGGCCAAGAAGCUGAGCUAUUUCUUCUGGCUGGAGGGGGAGCUGGGCCCGGGCCCUGCACCCAGCCGGCUGGCCCUGUUCAAGGGGGUCAUUGAGGCAGCCAUUGGCAUUGUGUAUCCGCCUGUGGUGAGGCCAGAGCCAGAGCCCGAGCCCGGGGAGCAGCUCCCAGCCCAGCAGUCACCCUUUGAGAGCCUGGCGGAGGAGCCUGCCCUCAUCCAAGCUCUCUGCCUCUCGCCCUUCUUGUCUGCCCUGGAGGACCCCCGGCGGAGUAGAGUGUGGGAGCUGCUCCGAGGGGUCUUCCCGGCCUCCUGCUCCCUGGUCCCCGAGGCCCAGGCGCCCCCCCGGCUGCUGAGUGCUGUGAUAGCACAGCUACAUGAGGACAAGCUCCACGCAGACCCCGAGCUCACCAGCACCAUAGUGCAGCUUUGCCAGGCCCUGCUGGGCUCACCGGGGGUCCUGCUGGUGGGGCCCUCUGGCAGCGGCAAGACCACAGCCUGGAAGACCCUGGCUAAGGUGCUGAGCAGGCUGGCUGUGAGUGCGUCCUUGGAGCUGGCGCCAGGAGCGGGCAGGCCAGGCACUUGGAAGGACGUGGCAUACCUGCCCAUCAGCACUGUCUGCCUCUGCCCCAACAGCCUCAGCACCGCUGAAUUCCUGGGCAGGCUUGAGGGAGGCAUCUGGAGGGAGGGCGUUUUCUCCAGGCUCCUGCAGAGAAUGGCUUCCUCAGCCCCUGCGGCUGGGCUGGGCGUGUCAGGCACCCAGCAAUGGCUGGUGCUGGACGGGUUUGCCAGCUCCGAGUGGCUGGAUCCCAUCUCGUCGCUGUUCAGCGCAGAGCCCACUCUCAGCCUGCCAAACGGGCAGCAGCUCCAUCCCCCAGAGGGCGUGAAGUUCCUCUUUGAGCUGCCUGAUGCCUCCAGCAUCUCACCAUCCAUCUCCACACACUGCGCCCUCCUGCACUGUGGGGGCUCGUGUGUCUGGCGAGCACUGCUGGCGUCAUCCCUAGCCCCCAUCUACCACACGUACAGAGUGAGCCAGGAGAGCGUGGUCAUGCUGCGUGGCCUCGCUGAGGAUGUCUUCCCUCCCACGCUCACCUUCCUGCAGCAGCAUUGCAGCUCUGUGCUGCAGCCUCACGCCGACCUGCGCAGCCCCGUGGCCUGGGGCAUCCCAGAGACCACAGCCUUCACCAGGCUCCUGAAGGCUCUGCUGGACCAACACCUGAGCCAUGACAAGGCGAAGGCCCAGCCCCUGAGAAGGGAGGACCAGGCAGGUGAGGGAAAUCCCAGCAGGACCAAUGACCUUGUGCCCCCCUGCUCUUACAGGGUCCAGAUUAGAACCAUGGCUGAGAACUGCGGUGCUGGGGUCUCAGCUGCCCCUUCACACUGGGGCUUGGAUGAAGCUGUCCCACCCCAUCACCACCUGCUUGUCCGCAGCAUCUUCGUGUUUGCCUACAUCUGGGGCUUCAGUGGCCACCUGCACCCCAGAAACUGGGCCAUCUUUGACAGCUUUGCUCGUAGAGUCCUGUACAGCAGCAGCUACACCAUAGAGCUGCCUUCAGCCGAUUCUGUCUUUGACCUCUAUCCCCAGCCAGAGGAUGGGAAACUGGAGGUUUUUGAUGGGAAGUAUCUGUCCGGCAGAAUCAAGGCAGUUCCUGAGAGUUUCACCAUUCUGCCCCAGUACGAGCGACUCCUCUACGUGCUGGACCUGCUCCUGGGCUCGAGGCAGCCAGUGCUCCUGGCUGGGGAGCCCAGCUGUGGCAAGUCGUCCUUCGCGGAGCAGCUGAUCCAACCCAAUCACUCCUACCAUCGUGUCGCCAUCUCGCCUGCCCUCGGCGCGGACCACGUGCGCCGGCUGCUGGAGAGCCACAUCCUGAGCAGCAUGCGGGACAAAGCCCUGUUCACCGGCCUCCCUGGGUCCCGGCCCCCUGGCGUCAGGGGCGGGAGGAGCUGCUACCUGCUCCUGCUGGAUGACCUGCACGCCGCCGAGCUGAAUGCCAGGCAGGGGAGUCGCCCCGUGGUGGAGACCCUGCGCCAGGCCCUCUCCCACCAGGAGGUCUACGGCGCUGAGAGCCUGGAGCUCCGACACAUCCCUUCAGCAGAGUUCAAUUGCUUUGGCUUGGUGGCUGCCCCAGCGAUUGGCGUGCACCCCCUCUCCCCUCGCUUCACUCGGCUCUGCAGCAUCCUCUCACUCCCCAGCGUCUGCAGGGAGUCUCUGAUCUGCAUGCACAGCCCCCUGGUCCUGGCCUGGCUGGAGAAGUUCCCGCUGCUGGCCAGGCACAGUGAGCUGGCCACUGCGCUGGUGGGGGCCACUGUGGACAUGUACGAGGCCGUGAAGGCCAAGUUCCGCCCCUCCCCCGCCUGCUCCCCCUACCACUUCUCCUACCAUCACAUUGAGAAGGUUCUCAGGGGACUCUUCCUUCUGCGGCCCUGCCCUGGGAUCCACCUCACCAGCCCCUUGGAGGAGCCCAGCACGCCCAAGGCUGCAAAGCGAGGCCAGCCGGGGAUAAGCCUUAGCCUCACGCUAAGCACCCGGGUCAUCGUCCGCCUGUGGCUGCACGAGUCGCUGCGCACCUUCUGCGACCCGCUGCUGUCGGAGAGCGAGCGGCAGGAGAGCGGCCAGCUGCUGCUGGACGUGGCUACCAGCACCUUCUGCACCAAGAGGAGCGUGCUGAGGGUGAUCUCCACCAGCGACAGGGAGCCGCAGCAGCGCGAGCGAACCAGGAGCGUCACGGAGCCUGCCGGGCAAGACACUGCCAUGGAGCUGGGAGCUGAGAGCCACGAGGAGCCUUCCUCGCAGAGCAGCAGCGACGGGGACUGCCCAGACGCCUUCGAUCCCAUAGACCAGGCCCCCGCCCUGGCCCUGGACCGGCCGGACGCAGCGCCCUCUGGGGACUCUGCCCUAGGCGCACUGGAGCCCGAGGGGGCAGAGGCGACUGGGAUAAGGAGAAUGGCUUCCAUCCAGCCCUCUCCAGCCCUGCGCCCUCGCUUCCAGGAGCAGCACCUGGCCAUGGGGCGCCGCACCAGCACCCGCCGAACCACCCCUCUCAAGAGCAAGCGCAGGCCCUCCACCAAGAAGGAGAACAUCAAGCCCCUGCUGCCCUCCCACCUCCUGCUGCUGCCAGGGGAGGACGUGCGCAACCUCCUCUUCAGCAGGGAGCUGGUGCCGGCCUCCUCCAGCCGGGAGAGCCUCUACCACGAGAGGUGCUGGGACACCAUCCAGCAGCAACUCAGCACCUUCCUCCCCAGGGGCUUUGUGCUGUGCAGAGAAGUCACCCAGCACCUGGUGCGCCUGCUGCGGGUGCUGUGCUUCCCAGAGGGGCACGGCGCCCUCCUCUCCCUGCACCUCUCCACCGGCAGGAGGUCCCUGGUGGCCGUGGCUGCCCAUGCCACUGCCUCCCAGCUCUUUGAGCUGACAGGGCAGGCGGGGGAGUGGGAGGUGAGGGAGCUGAUCAGGAAAGCCAGCUGGCAGGCUGGGAUCCUGGACACGAGAACCGUGGUGCUGGUGCACCAGGGGGUGGGGCUGGGUACCAUGCAGAAGCUGGUGGAUCUGAUGAGAGAGGGCACCUACCCUGGCCUGUACACCGCUGAAGACACUGCACACAUCGUGAAGGAACUGCUGCAGGAGAACCAGAACAUCAAAAGAACGAUGAGGCCUAACAUGGUCCUGCAAAGGUUCUACCAAUUUGUGAGGAACAAUCUGCACAUGCUGCUUCUGCUGGAUGGGCGCAAGGGCUGGGCACAGGGCAGGGGGCCCUUGGGUUACCCCCCAGCCAUGGCCACAGCCCUGCUCACCCUCCCCUGCAGCAUUGACGUGUACCAGCCCUGGAGCCAGGAGUCCCUGGUGCAGGUGGCUACCCAGCACCUGGAAGAUGCCCUCAGCCAACAGCCCCUGAAGAGCCCAGUCCCAGCGUCAUUGCAGGCCCUGGAGAAUUCGCUUGCCAGCAUUGCCUCAGCCAUGGCACUGAUUCACCGGUCUGCCAGCUGCUAUGCCACCCACCUGGCCCCCGGCACACCCCUCAUCACCCCAAAGACCUUCCUAGAUUUCCUUGACGCUUUCCUCAUGCUCUCAGCACAGUUGCAGAGGCAGAGCCGGACUCAGGCUGAUCGGAUGAAGCUUGCUCUGACCAAGAUGCAGGCAGUGAGUGAGAAGCAGCGGGAGCACAGCCGGGACAUCAAGUACCUGCAGGAGAAACUUCGCCUGGCCAAGGAGCAAGUGGCCAGGUGCCAGCGGCGGGCGGAGCGCGAAGAGGUGGUGCAGAAGCAGCAGGAGCAGGACUGUCAGCACCGCGAGGCACGCAUCGAGAUCCUUACACAGGAACAGAACCUGUUGGAGCAGAGCAAGGAGUCUGCCACGAGAAAGAUGAACACGGAGUACAAGGCGGCACUGGCUGGACUGCAGGUGCAGGACAUUGAGGAGUUGCGGAGCUACCGGUUACCACCAGCAUCCAUCCUCAGGGUGACGGAUACCCUGUGCAUGAUGUUCAGCAAGGAGCCUGGCUGGGAGAGUGCCAAGCAGCUGCUGGGCCAAGAGGACUUCUACCAGGAGCUGCUCUUCUACCCGAAGGACGAGCUCCCCAACAACCUGUUCCAGGCUCUGGGCCAGGUGGUGUCGGAGGAGAGCUUCUGCGCUGCCUCCCUGCAGAGUGUCAGCAAAGCCGCGGCUGCCCUGUGCCAGUGGAUCUGCGCCAUCUACUGGUACCACCGGGCUCUGCGCAUUUGGGAGCCCACCUUGAUGCAGCUGCAGCACUGCAAAUUCCAGAUUCGGGCGGAGAAGGGGCGGCUGGGCGACCGGCGCCUGCAGGCUGAGAAGCUGAAAGAGUUGAGUUCGAGCUGGGGCUUGGAGCUGCUGCAGGCCACCGAGCAUCAGGAGGCCCUGGCCCGCAAACUCAGUCACGUCCUGCAGGAGAAGGAGAAGGUUGACACCGUUGAGAGCUCGGUGGCAAUGCACGUGGCCAACUGGACAGCGGCUGUGAAGCACUUGGAGCAGAACUGCAGCACGGCCCAGGGGGACGCACUCCUUUGUGCAGCCGCUCUCUCCUACAUGGGCGCCUUCCCCCCGCCGCGGCGCCAGGAGCUGCUGGAGAAGUGGCAGGAUAUCUGUGCCAGGCGCCAAAGCUCCCUGGGGCCAGACGACGUGCGGAGGUUGCUGGAGAAGGAGCUGCCCUGUCCUGGCCCAGCCCCCCGGGGUCCAGCCCUGCUGCCUGUGCGCCAGGACUUCAGCUUGCUGGCCCUGCUGAGCUCAGAGAGGGAGCAGCGUGCCUGGGACAGGGACCAGAAGCCUCAGGACUUGGCCGGGCGCCAGGCCGCCCUGCUGCUCCGCACAGACACUCACGCCUGCUCCCGCUGCUGGCCCCUGCUGCUCGACCCUGACCAGCAGGCCCUCACCUGGCUCCUCAUGGCACAGAAAGCGGAUGAGGAUGAGUCCCUGCUCUUCGCCGGCUCGGACACGCUGUCCAGUGCCGAGGAGUCAGGGAGCAAUGAAGAGUCACCUGAGAAAAAUCUCCAGGUGCUGUCGGCUACAGACCCCAGGCUGGAGCACAACCUCCUGGCUGCAGCCAGCACCGGGCUGCCCAUCCUGCUCCUGGACUUUGAGAGGAGCCCCUGCUGCCCGGCUCUCCUGCAGCUCCUGCAGAAGGAGACGUUGCUGGGGGCAGGGGGUUGCACCCUGCACUCCGAAUCGCUCGGGGAGGUGCAGGUGCUGCCCUCUUUCCGACUCUACCUGAGCACCACCCUGCCGCUCCGUGCCUUGGGGAAAGAGCUGGACCACGCCCUCCUGAAGGGCCUGACGAUGAUUGACUUGAGCCUCAGCCAGUCAGCGCUGGAGGAUCUGCUGCUGGGGGAGGUGCUGCGCGCCGAGAGGCAGGAGGCCCAGACCCACUGGCGCAUGCUGCAGCUCAGCAUCCUGCAGUUGGAGGACAAGCUGGAGGACACGGAGGAGGAGUUGCUGGAGCUGAUCUCACAGCCCUCGUGCCCCCUGCUCGAGGCAGAGGACGACUUCCUGCCCCUCGUGCGGCUGCUGCAAACCCAGCUUGAGGCCCUGCACGCCAGCCACCAGCACCUGCUCUCCCUGCGCCAGCAGCACCUGGCCGUGCGGGCCCAGUACCGGCAGGUGGCGUGCCUGGGGGCGGCGCUGCACCAGGCCCUGCAGCAGGUGUGCCGGCUGCACCCCCAGUACCAGUGCUCCACGGCGAGCUGCCUGGCCGUCGCCCGCAGGGCCCUGCUCGCCACCAAGCGCGCCGACGCCUGCAAGCAGGAGGCGCUGGCGGCCCGGCUGGUGGAGCUCAGCAAGGGCCUGUCCCGCCAGCUGCUGGCCCAUGCUCAGCCCCGCCUGCAGGAGCCGCACAACCUGCUCCUCAGCUUCCUGGGGGCCCUGGCGCCCCUCCGCCUGGCCGGCCAGCUCAGCCCGCUGGACUGGCUGGGCUUCUGCCAGGGGCUGCAGGCGCCCGCAGCGGAGCAGCUGCUGCAGCCGGCCGGGGCGGCAAGGCCGGGCUGGGUGCGCGCCGCAGCUUGGCGCGAAUGCGGGCUGCUGGAGUGCCUGCCUGGCUUCCAGGGCCUGCGGGCCUCCCUGGCUGGGCAGGCUGCCCAGUGGCAGGAGUACUUCCGCCUGCCCGCCACGGUGGUGGGCCCCGCCCUGAGCCCCAGCCAUGCCCACCUCAGUCUCUUCCAGCGGGCCCUGCUGUGGCGCAUCCUGUGCCCCGAGAAGCUGUGCAGGACGUUCCAUGACCUCUCCACCUGCCUGCUCGGCCGCCCCAUCGCCGAGGACGCCAGCUACAGCGCGGCCACCCUCUACACCUGCAGCCGAACUCGCCUGCCCCUGCUCUUCCUCACACCGCCCUGGGGCUCGCCCGGCGCGGCCACACACCCGCUGCACUGGAUCCGGCAAAUGGCCAAGCAACGGCACUGCCGGGGCGUCGUCGUCGUCUCUUUGGGCUCCCCGGGCUGCAUGCGCCACGUGGGCGAAGCCCUCCGCAUCUGCCCCAAGCAGGGCCACUGGCUGGUGCUCAACAACUGCCACCUCCAGGAGCGCUGGCACCCAGAGGUGCUCGCGCAGCUCAGCAAGCUACAGAGCACCCCCGAAGGGGCGGGAAAGGCCCCGGAGCCGCAGCUGUCAGACGUGAAAGGGGACGAGAUCCAUCCCAAGUUCCGCCUCUGGCUCAUCGCUGCAGCUGGUGCCACGGGGCCUGUGCCAGGCCCUGUGCACCGCCAUGCAGUGACGCUGUUCUGUGAGACACCCCAGGAGUUGAAGAGCAUCCUUCUGCGCAGCUACAGCCAGGUGCUGGGCCAGCCGGCGUGGGACGCCGGCCCGGAGCGAGGGCUGGCCCUGCUGGUGCUGCACGCCGUGCUGCUGCACCGCCAGCACUAUGGCCGCCUGGCCCAGGCCCGGCUCUACCCCUGGAGCGAGGCGGAGCUGUUCACGGGCCUGCGGCUGCAGGAGCGGCUGGCGAAGGUGGUGUCCAACCCUGAGGAGGCCAUGCAGGAGCUGGCAGGGUCGAUUCUCUACGGCGGUUACAUCCUGGAUGCUGGGGACGCAGGGGCUGUGCAGAGCUUGAGCCAGCAGUGCUUGGGCAGUGCCUCACACCUGCUGCCCCCCCGGGGGGUGAAGACCCUCCUCACUGCCCUCAUCAGAGGCUCCAACUUGGAGGACAGAGAAUGGGGCUGGGGCUGGAGGAGCAGGGACACGGGCCCUGGGGGGAGGAAGGGGGCUGCGACUGACUGGAGCUUUCUGCCCCCAGCUCUGUCGGAGGAGGACGUGAUCGCAGACACCCGGGCUCACAUGCAGCAGCUCCCGGCCCCAGCAGACCCAGCCUCCUGUGGGCUGUACGAGGGGCUACAGCAGCAGCUGUUAGAGAGCCAGAGCCGGAGCCUGCUCGCAGACCUGCUGCGGUCCCAGGACUUCUGGCAGCCAAGCCCCCCGCCGAGCACCCAGCAGGAGGCCUUGGGGCAGCUGGUGGAGCAGGGGCUGAAGGUGGUGCAGGCGCUGCAGGACACGCUGCAGCAGCGAGGCUGGGAGGUGGGGGCCAGAGGGCGGCUCCCAGGAGGGCGCCCACGGCCAAAGCCCCGGCCCCUGCUUCGCUUCCUGCUGGAGGAGUGUGGCAGCUUCCUGGCCCUGCUGCAGCAAGUGGGCCGGGACCUGCGCUGUGCUCAGGAUCAGCUGAAGGGGCGGCCCUGCCAGUCCCCACGCUGCUCCACCAUCCUGCGGGCACUGGAGCGGGGACGCCUCCCCCGCCCUUGGCUGCCCUACGUGCCCACGGGCCCCCAGGACCCAAGCAGCUGGCUACAGACACUCCAGUGUCGCUGCCAGCUGCUGUGCGGGUACCUGGGGGCGGUGGCUGGCCAGCCUGUGCUGUUCUAUCACCUCUCUGCCUUCCAGUACCCACGGCGCCUCCUGCUGGCACUGCUCCAGGAAGCAGCCCGGGCCGAGAAGCAGGACCUGGACCACUACCACCUGGACCAGCAGGUGCUGCCCGGCUUGCUCCCGCCCAGCUCCCCGCCCGAGAGCGGGCUCUACCUGACCGGCCUGGAGCUGCACAACGCCCUGUGGGACACACGCUCAGCCCUGCUCCAGGAGACGCUCUCGGCCCAGCCCUGCCUGCUGCCCCCCGUCUGGGUGCAGGCUGUGCGGGAGGCCUGGCGCGCUCACAGGCCCAACGCCGCCCUGCCGCAGUACAGCUGCCCCAUCUACCUGGGCCUGCCUCAGCAGCCCGUGCACUUGAGCAGCCAGCGGGCUCUGACGCACCUGGCGCUGCCCUGCAAGAUGCCUCCCGCCCUGUGUGCCCAGCGCCGAGUGCACAUUGUCAGCACGCUGCCCGGCCUGGGAUAAGCAGAGGAGAGCGCUGGUGUGCGGGACCAGCGUGGCCCCUGGGGGAACAGCAGCCACACUCCAGCGCAGCCGCACGAGGGCUCGGGUGACCAGCAGGAAUCACAGAGCACGGCUCUGGGACUGCCGAAGGAACAGGCUGCAGCCGGACCCC